UUCCAUCGACAGAAGCCAACUGCAACAAAUUGCUGGAGCUUCCCAGGAUUCCUUCUCUUCUCAGAUUUGCUAGAAGGGAUCAAUAUGCAGAAAUGGAGGAAAGGAAGUGGCCUGCUGGUGUUCUGGAAAACCUGUCUCAGAGGAGCAAAUCAAAUGAGAUUGCUAGCCACUUGGAACUUAGAGAUCACUCGGAGAAAGUUUGGCCAUGGACAGCAGUAUAUUCACCAAAGCAUGGGUUGAUACUGGUGGUAGUGGGGGGAUUAAGGAUUAUCAUGCCAUCAAGAGAUGGCAGUCUCAAGCAGCUGCUGCUGAUCCAGAUUUCUUCCACCCAACAGUGCACGUCAAGGACGAGGAAGAGUCAAAUACUAGUUCAAGGCAACCGACAUGGAAGCAUGAUGAACGAGCAAAUAAGAGCUCUAUCUCCCAAGUUGCGGUAAGCAAGGAGCGGUUUAAGAACGAUCCCCGUGAAGCUGAUCAUAUUAAACACGCUGUCGUUGUAUAUGUUGGAUCACUGCUAAUGCCCCUUUAUAAAGCAAGAAAAA